UCACGCGGACAACGCAUGGCCCAAGACUGCUGUCAUUGGCCAGACCAGGAGGCGAGCCCCUCGCGGCCCAGCCAAAGCCAAACAGAACACACUUGCAUUGCAUCCAGUGCCCAGCGCGCACCGCUACUCCUGUCAUGUUCGAGCAUUCAGUUUCACCAGGCCACUGAUCAGCUGCUCCAAUCCCGAAAUCUUCCUUCAGGACUCCACCGUCACCCUGGAACACCUACUCACCUUCCACCAAACAUUUCUUCUAAGAUGAAUAAGUCGGUGGACAUGGAAGCAGUGAGUCGCCUGCUGGUGGGGAGUGAGCGCAAGAGGCAUGCCAACGAGAUCCUGCCAGGUCUACCUACACCACAGCCGUCCGACUCGGAAAGCGACGAAUCGGACCUCCCGCUACGCAAGAGGAUAUGCCGCUACAACUGCCAACUAGCCAAGAACUUCUUGUUGAGGACCCCUCCAAGAACCCCAAGCCCGGUAGAGCCUAGUAGGUUAGACACACAAACUAUUACUUCGGUACCUGUAUCUGUGAUCAUGAAAGUUGAUAAAGAUGGAAAGUGCUCGGCAGGGCUGUACUCAUCUGAAAAUAGUUGUAAAGACAUCAUAACCCAAAAACAAAAUACUAGUGAGAAUUUAAUGAACAGUUCAAACGCACAAGAAAAUCUGGUUAAUGCUGAGGCGAAUAAUAAUUGUUGCAGUACGGAGGUAAACUCUAAAUCUCGAUUUGUUCCUUCACAAAGUUUCAAAAGUUUGAAGUUUAAGAUGAACACAAGGAAGGAGCAGGUCUUCAUAUAUAAUAAGGAUACCCACAGAGAAUCAUCGGCCGAUGCAUCAAGCCCCCCCUCUCCCCUCUCCCUACCACCCUCCCCACCAAUCUCAACGAGUACUUCCUCCUCAAAUCCUCCGUCACCUCCUGCGAUACACACUAGAAAAGAAAUCAGUGCAGUUGAUAGAAAUACACCGUCUAGUCCCGCUAGGACGUCUCCACAGAAAAGUGUAGUGGCAAUAGCGCCCAAGCCUCAGCUGUUUGCGACACUGACCGGCACGACGCUGAUUCCCGUCACGUCAGACGGGAUUCCGUCGUUCGUCGGACCGUUCUUCCCGUUGGACGCCGGUGACGGAACGGCGAACCUCGUUCCACAUCUAGUCCUGUCUUCGCCAACCGCCGACGACUGCGACCGACGUCAGUCGUAUGUGCUGCUGACCACAGCCGCCCCCGCCGCCGCUCCCAGCCCCGCCGCACCCGUCGAUGACAAGAGUGACGUUAGCGACGCCCGUCGGCGCAUCUUCGAGUGCACCUUUCACGGCUGCUCCAAAAACUACUUCAAGUCGUCUCACUUGAAAGCCCACAUGCGCACGCAUACAGGUGAAAAGCCGUUCGUGUGUCAGUGGGCAGAGUGCGGUCGUCGGUUCUCACGUUCGGACGAACUGUCGCGUCACAAGCGAACGCACACCGGCGAAAAAAAGUUCGCUUGCGCCAGCUGUGGGCGAAGAUUCAUGCGCAGCGAUCAUCUCGCCAAACACGCCAAGCGCCAUGCCAAAGAAUCACUCACAAACACCCCAACCAAAGGCCUCGUUAUCCCGUUCAAGUGUACCUCAUAGACUAGCAACUGAAAGUAGCCCCCCCUCCUUUCGUUAUCCCGUUCAAGCUACUUACUGUACGGUACUUCCUCAUAGACUAUCCUCGAUAUCCUCCUCAUGAACUACCUCCUCAUGAACUAUCAGAGUAAGUUAUGUAAGAUGUAGUUUACUAUGUAAAGUAACCCCUUCCGUUAUCCCGUCAUCCUCAUGGACUAUGGGUAGGCUACUGUAAAGUAGAUCCACUCGUUAUCACGUUCAAGAGUUCCUCCUCACAGACUAACAAGUGGUAUCUACUGAAAGUACAUCCUCAAUAUCCCGUUCAAAAGUAGGCUACCUUCUCACAGACUAUGAAGUGAUAUCUAGAGUAAACUAAAUCCAUCUAUAAUGUAGUUGACAAACGAUCAUUAACUACAAGUUAAAUUUAGUGUAAAAUACAUCCAAUAGUGUUUAUUCAUCGAUGAAAAAAAUCAGUGUAAACUACAUGAAUUUGUCAAUAUUUUAUUGUUCAUCCAGGAUAAUCAUGGAAUGAACACUUGUGUAUUAAAAUGUUACCUUUUGUUGUACGCUACCUACCUACUAGGCUACUUGUACAACCAUUUUUGUACUUGACUGUAUAUUUAUUGUUUUUUAGUAAUUUAUAUUAAGUUUUUAGUGUAGGCCCAAGUGCCGUGUAUCACCUUCAAAUCAGAUAAUUGGAAAAUUAAUAUUAUCAUAUUGAAUAAUUGUGUGUUAUAGCUUGAAUUCUUCUCAGUUUUAAUUUCAGAAAUGUGAGCGGAAUAUUAUUUCAUACUCAGUGCUCAGCUCAUAAGAGAACCAAAAAGGGAAUUAUUCCUCUAUGAUUAUGUGUCAAUGUGCAAGGAAUCCUAGUUAUGAAUGAUCAACAUAGCUUGAUAAAGUAUGUAGGCCUACGGUAUUAUAAAUUAUACGCUAGAAACAUGUUGAUGUAUCAUCAGAAAAUUGUAAUGUAUCAUUUUUUGUAAAACUUCAAUGAUUCUCUUCGAGUAGAAUCUUAUACCUACCACUUCUUCGAGACCAAAAAUAAUGUAAAUAUUAAAUUAAGAAUUCCCUUUUUUAUGCAAUAAAUUUAUUUUUUUGGUAAUCAUACAUCAAAUAGAUUUCUAUCAUAAAUUUCACUUGAUAAAAAUAUUCCACAAACUUCCUUCAUCAAUUUUCAAGUACUGUACGGUACCUACAAUAAUCCUAAAGCUGCGUACACAUAAACGCACUUCCAACCCGCACCGAGCACGCUCCGCCUUCAUACCGCCCUCGUUCCUCCAUCGUACCACAGUCGCUCCGCCCGCGCACCCAUCAUGAGCUCUGCUCCGCAACCGAACGUCACUCCAGUAGAGCGAUUGAUGAUCGACCGGGGAGCAACAGUGGUUCGACCGGGGAACGCGAGAAGAUCUAACAUCUUCCAUAACGUUCAUGAUGGGUGCGUGGGCGGAGCUACUGUGGUUCGAUGGAGGAACGAGGGCGGUACGAGGGCAGAGCGUGCUCGGUGCGGGUUGGAAGCGCGUAUAUGUGUACGCAGCUUUAACUUCGAGUGCCAUUUAUAGGAUUAGAUCCAUGAAUAUCUUCAACAAAGCAUGUGUUACGCUCAAGUCUCUAUCUCCGCUCAAAAUGCUAUGCAGGGAAGAUCUGGAUCAAAUGUGAUGCUUGGUCCAAAUAAUGAUCAAAAUAUUAGUGCUGUUAAUAAAGCCCUAUCGCAUACAGACACUGAGGAAAGAAUAAUAUUGUACUUUCAAAAUAUUGAUUUGUCAGUAAUUUGUAAAAUACACGGUUUGAACAAUAUGAAUAUUGGUGAACCUAAACUCAUGUAAUGUUGAUUAUUUCCUAUUGUAAUUUUAAAAGAUCAAUAUAUUGUAUUCUUUUUGAAUGGAGUAAAUAUUUUGCUUAUUUAUUACUAUUUUCGUCAGACAUCAAAUCAAACAAUAAUAUGUAAUAUAUAUUUAGAUAAGGUUUUGAAACUGAUAAGACUGCUCUGUUAACUAGUUAACAAUAACAUUUAUUUAAAUCAUCGCCUCGAUGGAGAUGAAAUUAUAUAAUUUUAGCUAUAUUUAUGUAAAAAAUCCAAAUAUGGGAUUUGUGUGAAAUACGUUGAAUGGGUUUAUAUCAUUGUUGUAUUAUGAAAAAUCUACAUUAAUUGUACCUACUUGUUCUUGCAUUCAACUAAUAUUAAUUAAAAGUCAAUAAUUCUGAAA